CACCAGCUCAGAAAUAUAUAGAUUAGGAUGAGCAGUUGCUGAAAUAGGCACGAAACCCGAGGGCGACGCUGUAGGGACCGAGCGGAGAUUACACGUUAGCUUUGCCGUUUAACGUUCACCUUACUCGGGAGUUGCGAUGGUCCAGUUAAGGGAUAUUUUUCUAGCCUUGCUUUUUGUGAGCUGUACAGCUUCACUGGAAGUACAGAUCACACCAAGCCAGGGUGAGAUUAGUCUUGGAGAGUCCAAGUUCUUCAUGUGUGAAGUUGUAGGUGUUGCCAAGCAGAUAGACUGGUUUGGACCAAAUGGGGACAGGAUAGAACCGAACAGACCAGACAUAACAGUAACCCGUAAUGAUGAGUCAUCCUCCACCCUCACACUGUAUAAAGCUGGGACUGAAAAUGCGGGGACGUACAGGUGUGUCGCUACCAAUGGUGACCAGCAAGGGGAGUCAACCAUCAAAGUGAAAAUCUUCCAAAGAAUCACCUUCACAAACGCCCCCUCGCCCCAAGAGUUUACUGAAGGAGACAAUGCCAAUAUUGUUUGUGAUGUCAUCAGUUCGCCUCCACCCACUGUCCUCUGGAAGUACAAGGGAGCAAAAAUACAGAUGGAAAAAGAUGUUCGGUUUAAGGUACUGAGCAACAAUCACCUUCAAAUCCGUGGCAUAAAGAAGACAGAUGAGGGCUCAUAUACCUGCGAGGGUCGCCUCAUGGCCCGUGGCGAGAUUGAUCUGCGGGUCAUCAAGGUCGUUGUGAACGUGCUCCCGACCAUCAGAGUAUGGCAGUCAGAGGUGAAUGCCACAGCAGAUGUCGGGCAGCCUGCCAUGUUGACUUGUGCUGUUGAUGGCUAUCCUGAACCCAUGGUGACUUGGACAAGGAACGAAGUGGUUCUGGAGGCAGGAGAGAAGUACAGCUUUAAUGAAGAUGGUUCAGAAAUGACAAUAAUGGAUGUGGCCAAGCUGGAUGAGGGAGAGUACACCUGCAUUGCCAAGAACAAGGCAGGGGAAAGUGAGCAGGAGCUCAGUCUGAGAGUGUUUGUCAAACCUAAGAUCACGUACAUCGUAAACCAGAGCACUUCAGAGAUGGAGGAGCAGGUAACUCUGACGUGCGAGGCAUCGGGAGAUCCAACUCCUACCAUCAACUGGAGCUACGGUGAGCGUGUCUUCACUGAAGGAGAGCAGGCAUCAUGGACUCGGCCCGAGCAACAUAAGAGUCUGGAUGGAAAUGUAGUGGUGAGGAGCGAUGCUCGUGUGUCCUCCCUUACUCUCAAGUAUGUCAAGUACACAGACGCUGGUCAGUACCUCUGCACAGCACGCAGUGCCAUCGGAGAGGAUGAUCAGCUGGCAUAUCUGGAGGUUCGCUAUGCCCCUAAGAUCCAUGGUGCAGUGGCAGUGUAUACCUGGGAGGGCAAUGCUGUCAAUAUCAGCUGUGAGGUCAAAGCUCAUCCCAGCGAUGUGUCUAUUGUGUGGCUGAGAGACGGACUGCAGCUCCCCAACUCAAACACCACCAACAUUAAGAUCUUCAGAACGCCAUCAUCCAGCUACCUCCAGAUAACCCCCGAGUCUGAAAAUGACUUCGGAAGCUAUAACUGCACUGCUUCAAAUGAGAUGGGUACAGAGUCCAAGGAGUUCCUCCUCAUCCAGGCCGAGGUGCCAUCAGCUCCAUCCAUCAGUGAGGUGAGACCCUUCUCCACCACAGCACAGAUCCAGUUUGAGGAGCCUGAAUCCACUGGAGGUGUUCCGGUCCUGAAAUACAGAGCAGAGUGGAGGACUCAGGGCAGGGGCAGCUGGGUGCAGAGGGUCUAUGAAGACGGCUCUAUCAGCGAGGUGACUAUCACAGACCUGAAGCCAGAGACCAGCUACGAAGUGAAGUUGUCAGCCAUCAACGGGAAGGGUGAAGGUGAAAGGAGCCCCGCUGAGUUCUUCAAGACGGAGCCUGUCCGCUACACUUACAAAAACGGCAUUUUUCAUUUUUUCUCUGAAGACACAGAAGGGAAUCCCAAUCCUCCUAAACUGGAAGGGACACUUCAACCCAAAGGCAACUCCCUCAAAGUGAGCUGGAUCAAGCAGGACGACGGCGGCUCACCCAUUUUACAUUAUCUCGUCCGUUAUAAACCACUACAGGCUUCAGACUGGAAGCCAGAAAUCCGGCAGCCCAGCGACAGCGAGUACGUGGUUCUCAGCGGGCUGGAGUGGGACACAGAGUAUAAUGUCUAUGUGGUGGCAGAGAAUCAGAAGGGCAAGUCCCAGCCAGCAACCAUGUCCUUCAGGACGUCCACAGAACCAGAGGCCAUCCCAGCCACUCAGGGCUGUUCAUCUGUGACAUGCACUUUGGUAUCACUCAUCUUGUCCCUCAUCACUGUACUCCUGCUCUCAUAGUUUUGUGGGGAAUUCACACCAUAACUGUAGAGGAGAGCUUGCCUUUCUCUGGCCUGGCUGUCUCUCUGGACGCUUUCACUCCUUAAAACAGACUUUCUCCAUGGCAGAUGUGUCUCUGUUAUGGGCGAGAAAAGGGUGCCGUGUAGCUUCAGAACAGACCAGACAGACGUGUUGAACCAAAGGCAGUGGAAAUCCUCCGCCUCCUACAGAUUCACUCUGCUCAGCAUUAGCACAGCUAGUCAUCAGUACUAGACAACAGAGAGGAAUGCCAGUUUACAGUAAUGAACAAUAGUGGAAUUGAAAUGAGGUUAUAUUAAAAAAUAGCACUUAGAACAGAAUAAAGGCUGAGUGCUGGGCCUGUCCGUUUACAUAAACACUGUAUUAUAUUCUUUAAUCGCUUACAAAAUUAUGCAGAUGCACUGUAAAGGUUUGUAACAUUAACGUUUACAUUAUUGAAAACAGAACCGCCUAACUGAAAACUGUUUGUAAUAAUAAUAUUGGCACACUUUGACAAGUUGUAUACAGAAUUAUCAUAAAGGAAACUGUUAUUUUUGUGCUUAGUAAGACAAAUGUUCACAUAUUUCUCAUGCAUGCAAUGUGUAUCAAAUAUCACGCAAAAACACCUGUUUUUCUACAUUUGUAUUGGAGGGUGCUUUACUGCUGCAUUUGAUUCUCUAGCAGAUCUUGAUUACCUGUUAAUCAUUUGUAUGUUAAGAGUCACAUUUAUCUAGAAACAGGAUAUUUUUCUGCAGUCUUCAGCUGUUAUUAAAUUGGACUUCACACAAACAGUGAAGC